GCCCAGUCGGCACCCGCGCAGCCCGGGACGCGUGGGGGCGGUUGGCAGGUCCGCGAGCUCCGCUUCUCCCCCGGCGUUGUGGGAUACCAGGGUAGAGGGAUGUAGCUGUAAAGAACAUCAAGGGGGGAUGGAGUAGAAGCAUAAAGAAGUUUAAUUUAUGAAGGCUAAUGAGUGACUCGAGUAAAAGUUCGAAGCGGUGUAACUGCUGGACUGGUUUUACAGAGCUUUUGAAAUGAGAGAGCUACAUCUCUCAUUCCUGUUGGUCAAGUGACGCUAAUGGUGGAAUAAACUGACUUCAGUACAAGUACAACUGAUCAAUCCAAAUCGCAAGUACAAUAUAAACAAGUGUGAUGUUGAAAUGAGAUGAGGCUCCGAAAUGGAACUGUGGCCACCGUGUUAUUUUUCAUCACUUCUUUUCUCAGUUUGUCCUGGUACACUGCAUGGCAAAACGGUAAAGAAAAGUUGAUUGCUUAUCAGCGGGAAUUUCAUGCUUUGAAGGAACGUCUUCGUAUUGCUGAGCAUAGAACGCUGCAGCGUUCCUCUGAGCUAAAUGCCAUCUUGGAGCAAUUCAGACGUGCAGUAGCAGAAACAAAUGGAAGUAAGGAUGCAUUAAACAAUUUUUCAGAUGAAACGCUGAAAUUGUUAAAAGAGCUAACAAGCAGAAAAUCUCUUCAAGUGCCAAAUAUCUAUUACCAUUUGCCUCAUUUGUUGAAGAAUGAAGGAAGCCUUCAACCUUCUGUGCAGAUUGGCCUGGGACGAACAGGCGUUUCAAUUGUAAUGGGAAUUCCCACCGUGAAGAGAAAAGUAAAGUCUUAUCUUACAGAAACCCUUCACUCUCUUAUUGAUAAAUUGUCUCCAGAAGAGAAACUGGAUUGUGUUAUGGUUGUCUUCAUAGGAGAGACAGAUCUUGACUAUGUACACAGUGUUGUAGCAAGCCUGGAGAAAGAAUUUUCUACAGAAAUCAGUUCUGGCUUGGUGGAAAUAAUAUCCCCACCUGCGACUUACUAUCCUGAUUUGACAAAUUUAAAAGAGACAUUUGGAGACUCAAAAGAAAGAGUCAGAUGGCGAACAAAGCAAAACUUGGACUAUUGUUUUCUUAUGAUGUAUGCCCAGAAAAAGGGCAUUUAUUAUAUUCAGCUUGAAGAUGACAUUGUUGUCAAGCAGAAUUAUUUCAGCACGAUAAAAAAUUUUGCACUUCAACUUUCUUCUGAAGAUUGGAUGAUUCUAGAAUUUUCUCAGCUGGGUUUCAUUGGUAAAAUGUUCCAAUCUCCAGAUAUCACUCUUAUUGUAGAGUUCAUAUUUAUGUUUUAUAAGGAGAAACCUAUUGAUUGGCUCUUAGAUCAUAUACUCUGGGUGAAAGUCUGCAACCCUGAAAAAGAUGCAAAACAUUGUGACAGACAGAAAUCUAAUCUACGAAUACGCUUCAGGCCUUCCCUUUUCCAACAUGUUGGACUGCACUCCUCCCUAGCAGGAAAGAUCCAGAAACUCACGGAUAAAGACUUCCUGAAACCAUUAUUACAUAAAAUUCAUGUGAAUCCACCCGCGGAAGUUUCUACAUCUUUAAAAGUCUACCAAGGACAUACACUGGAAAAAACCUAUAUGGGAGAGGAUUUUUUCUGGGCUGUUACACCCAUUGCUGGGGAUUAUAUCCUAUUUAAAUUUGACAAACCAGUCAACGUAGAAAGAUACUUGUUUCAUAGUGGCAAUCCAGAGCAUCCAGGAGAUAUUCUACUAAAUACUACAGUGGAGGUUCUGCCUUUUAAGAAUGAAGACUUGAUAUUAAGCAAAGAAACCAAAGACAAACGCUUGGAGGACGGUUAUUUCAGAAUAGGUAAAUUUGAAAGUGGUAUAGCAGAAGGGACAGUUGACCCAAGUCUAAACCCUAUUUCAUCAUUUCGGCUUUCGGUAAUACAAAACUCAGCAGUCUGGGCAAUUCUGAAUGAGAUUCACAUUAAAAAAGUCACAACCUGAUCAAAAUCUGUUUGGAAGAAAAGAGAAAAUCUUUGCA